ACCUUAUUACGCAUUUGUGGCAAAACUGGCAAAUAUAUACAAUUGUGACUGUGCACAGAAUUCUAAUAGAUAGUGCAAGGUAAUGGUAUAAAGAUAUUUGUUGUGUAUUUAUGGGAGUUUUUCGGUUUAUUCAGGUAUACUCUGUGAUAAACGGAACAUAAGAGUGAUUUAGAAUAUUUAGAUGUGACCAUAAAAAUGCUCGGUAUAAUUGUAGCUGGGCGACUCGUCCAAACCGAUUUUCAACAAGUUGGUGAGAAUCAGUUCUUGAUUACUGUAUCCGACGCUGACAAUAUAAACCAUAUAGUGGUGUUUCUAACUGGUACUAUUCCUUUCCCAGAUGGCAUGGGAGGUGCAGUAUACUUUAGCUGGCCAGAUCCAAAUGCACCACCCAAUUGGCAAUUCCUUGGAUAUAUUUCUAAUUUAAAACCAUCAGCUAUCUUCAAGAUAUCAAAUUUGAAGAAGAAUCAUGAAUUUGAGAAUAGCAAUUUGGGAAUUUUUGGAGUUGGUAAGAUCUCACACUUUGCACAGAUCGGUGUAUCAGUUGAACCACUGGCAGUGAUUGAGCCGCAGAUAGCUACCAUUGCUGCAACUACAACCAACUCUUUCAUGGAAUUUGUGCAAAAGAUGCUGACAAGUUUUGUGAAUUAUGUGACUAGUUUCUCAGUGACACAGGCGCAAAUGACGCCAAAUCCUACUGAGAACUUUGUGCCUCUGUCUACAUUGCAGGGCUGGUACGAGACCUUUGAAAGGCGGUUACAGCAGAAUCCAAAUUUCUGGAAGUCAUGAUUAUAAUUGUAAUAAUAUAAUAUGAAGUUUUAAAUUUUUUAUUGAUAUAUAAAUAUAUAUAAAUAUUUCACAGCAAUGCCUAAGCACUAUUUCAAUGCUAUCAUAAAAUAUACUGAAUUGUCAA